AUGCAUCGUCUUUUUACUGAGCUGGAGCCAUCUAUUACUGUCACCGAGCAAAACCUGGCAGACCGAGUUCGGUAUAUCUUACGCUCAAAUAUAUUUGAUGGCGCCGAACUCGAACGGCUACGACGUGAGGCUGUUCCCUCAUCAAAUGAAAACGCUACGACUGAGGGUGCGGUGCCACAAGUUGCAGAACAACCCGCACACGUGGAUGCCGCCGAGAAUACCUCAGUGGUUGCUGAUUCAAAUGAUGAAGGAACAUUCACCCAGGAACUAGAAAUAGAGCAAAUGAGGAGUACAUUGGAAGAGGCGAUUAUGGAAACGCGCAGUACGCCUCUCGAAAAUCGACCGCGACUUCCCCGCAUAGCCCUAAGCAAGCGGAAUCGGGCUGUCGUGAGGGCUCUGAACCCAAUGCUGGUGACCUAUUUGGAAGCCAGCCGGGACCUUUGCGAGACGGACUCAAUUCUCUUUGGCGCCGCACUGGCAGUCUGCCGUAUUAUAGGCGCCAAACUUUCCACGGCUGGACGCACUACUGGACAAAGUAGUGCUAUCCCAGCCUGGAGAACAAGAAUUGAAGAACGUAUCGCAAAGACUAGGGCCCUCAUCGGCAGACUGAUAUGCUUCAGGUCAGGCAAUACCAGGCCAAGGAUUGUGCGCACCGUCAGGAUGGCGUUUGCUGGGACAAAUGUUAGUUUGUCCCAGCCGGAUAUAAUGCAAAAACUGACGGAGCGCAUAGACGACCUGAAGCAGAGAAUCGCUGCUUGGGGAAAGCGAAUUCGGCGAUAUACCGAGAGGUCGACACGGUUCAACCAGAAUCGUCUCUUCCAGAGUGAUCAGAAGAGGCUCUAUAAAUCAUUGGAGCGACCAAUGGUAAGUGGAACGGGCCCAGUACCGAAUCAGGCCGACACGGUCGCGUUCUGGCGCAGCCUGUGGUCAGAGCCCGUAAACCACAACGAGGGCCCUUGGACGGAAGUUGUGGCGAGUCAGUGUGCGGGUAUUACGCCCAUGGACCCCGUCACCAUAACGCCGGAUGACGUAGCUGAGGCGGUCCGUAGGGCCCCGAACUGGAAAAGUCCGGGACUCGACGGGCUGCAUCACUACUGGCUGAAGGGGUUCGUGGUGUGUCACACUGUGCUCGCCCGACAGUUUCAAGAGGUUCUCAACCAGAAGUCGCUCCCGAGCCUCUUCACUACUGGGAUCACCCAUUUGGUUCCUAAAGGCCAGAGCGCGCCGCACGCACUUUUGGGGAAGACCAGGCGUCCUCGAACCGCUUUCACUUCUCAACAGCUAUUAGAAUUAGAGAAGCAAUUCCGCAUGAACAAAUAUCUAUCAAGACCCAAGAGAUUCGAAGUAGCGACGAGCCUCAUGCUGACAGAAACGCAGGUAAAAAUAUGGUUUCAAAACCGAAGAAUGAAGUGGAAACGAUCAAAAAAGGCCCAACAAGAUACAAAAACGAAAGACCCUCAUAUCGCGCACCAAGCUGACGAGAAGAACAAGCCAAAAGACUUACCUCAGCCACCUUCUGAAUCUGAAAAACAACCGCAACAACACAUGGCCGCAGAUUUGACAUCUGUCAAACCUCCACCGUUGUUAGAUAGGGAGAGGAUUAUUGCGUUAGAAAGAGAGAGGGCAAUGGCUGCGGCAAAUUUCAAUUCAAAUUUAGAAAACAAUAGGCGCGGAUUGGUUGUUAUAAACCAAGAAGGCGGUAGGCCAGGCAUGGAUAUGUUUAGGCCAUACGUAGUAUGA